AUGUAUUCUCUCCUUUUGGACCUUGGCCAUUAAGAUAUCCUUUGUUUGGCUUUGAGAAAAACCCUACCCAAAUCCUCCUCAGUUGAUUCCUAGCCUCAGAGACAACAAAACCCAGGUGGAGCUUGCCUUAGGUGGAUUUUCUCGAGACCUUCUUUCCGGGGAAUGCAGAGAUCGAUUCGUGACGGACGGACGGCACUAGGCUGGACCAAAUCAUUCAGCCACGGGAUUGGCGUCAGUUUGCCCAAGGCCAGGACAAGGGACAAAUUCAAAGUUAGGGUUUUCUGUCUCUAAUUUUGGGUUGUUUCUUGAAUUAAGUACGGGCUUGUAUUUCAGAGUGGGACAAGAUGACUCGGAUUUUGGUUCAGAGAGGUUCAGCUGGCUCUUCAUCGUCGAACCCUAAUAGGCAAUCCUCAUUGCCUAGUUCUUCGACUUCAGCACCGCCCCAGCCACAGGUUGCUCCUGCCGGUAGAGACGAUGAAAGUAGAGAAGAGCCGCAAGAACACAUUGCUCUGGACGAUCUUGUCGAGUAUUCUGGUAUUGUUGAUGGUAAAUUGCCUAAAAGUGAUGAUCUUUUGCCAGAAAUCACUCUAGAUUGCCAGGAUAAUGAUGAAAAUGUUGAUAGUGAUAAAGUUGGGAAGGAUCUAGACGUUUCAGUGGAACAGUCGACAAGGGGAUUAAGUGAAUUGAAGAAUCAGGAAAAUGAAAAUGAAGGGCCAAAUGGUGAUUCCAUGCAGCUGGUUACUGGCUCCUCCCACCCACCUCCACCUCCAGCCCCACCCCCAAAACCCUCUUCCGGAAACUCAAAUUCUAGGAGACACCUAUCUGGUAGUUCAAAUUCCCCUCGGAUUGGAUCAUCUAGGAGAGCACCUGUGUGGCCUAGCUUGUCUAAUAUUUCGACAAGGACUUCACCAACUGGGUCUAAACCUUCGUCACCAAGGUCCCAUGGUGAAAGCGAAGGUUAUAAUAGUGCUGAUGAGCAGAGUGCUUGUUUCGCGUCCAGCUAUGAUGAUGCAGAGAGGGAACGCCAGUUUGAGAUUGACAUAAGACGAACAAAAGGUUUAGAAGUCAAACGAAUGCUGGAGGACGGGAACUGCCUCUUCCGUGCUGUUGCAGAUCAAGUAUAUGGAGACUCUGAAGGUUAUGAUUUGGUCAGGCAAAUGUGCAUUGAUUAUAUGCUGUGGUCCAUGCAGGAGCGGGAGAGAGACCACUUUUCUCAAUUUAUUACUGAAGGAUUCACCUCUUAUUGCAGGAGGAAGAGAAGGGAUAAGGUUUACGGAAACAAUGUAGAGAUCCAAGCAUUGGCUGAGAUGUACAAUAGGCCUAUCCAUAUAUACUCUUACAGUCCAGAUCCUAUCAACAUAUUUCAUGGAAGCUAUAAUACUGACAUACCUCCCAUACGACUAAGUUACCAUCAUGGAAAUCAUUACAACUCACUUGUUGAUCCAAGGCGAUUGACAAUUGGUGCAGGGCUUGGAUUUGGUUCCCUUCGAGGGAGAAAUGUUGACAAGGAUCAAAUCAAGGCUGCUAUUAAAGCUCAACAAGACCAACAAAUUGAUAAUGCACUUCUUGCGGAAGGGCGAUUUUACUCUGACCUUGAGCUCACGGAGAAAGAAAUCGAACGAAUGGUGAUGGAAGCUUCUCGGUCUGAAUAUCUGGCUGGUGACAAGUUCAAGCAGCAAAUCGGUUGGAAAGAAACUUCUACUUCUGGUGCCGAACCAUCAUCAUCUGGAGCCAGGCCUUCGGGGAGUGAGACCAUGGUUGAUGCUAGAGAGAAUGCUUUGGCAGACACUGUUCUGAGCAGCAGCAUGCAGAUGGUCCUGUCUAUGGGUUUCAGCUAUCUGCAGGUGAUUGAGGCAUAUAGUAUAUUCGGAGAUGAUGUCGAUUCGGUGGUGUGUUACUUGCUGGAGACGGGAAACAGUAGCCGACGCAAAGGCAAGGCAACUGAAUAAGCCGCCACAGAUGAUCCAUCGGCUUUCUGGGCAGGAAAGGAAAGUCGCAGCUUCUGAACCGGGUGGAUCUGGAACCAACUUAAUCUGAUGAGGAAUAUCAAUAAGAUGCAUAUAGUAGUUAAAAUGUCUGUAGACUGGAUAUACCGUCAAGGUAGAUGGAAGAACAAUCAAAGUUCCCCGAAGCUCUUAGUCAACUGAAAAAUCAAACAAACAGACGAAACAGUACUGGUCGGAUCUUCAAUGAGUCAUGCUGCUACGUUUAUGUGUUGUGUAGGAACUUCUCUCCCUUAAGCUGAGAAUGAAUGACCUUGUAAGGAAGUUAAUUGUCCUGUGCUAUCCACUAUUCACUAUUCACUAUUCACGAUU